UCAUCGUGUUUGCUCACUCAGUUUGUUCAAAGAUUUUGUAUUUUUGAAUUCAAAGUUGAUGUUGGUACUUACCCAUUGAAAUUUUAAGUGUUCAAAAUUCAAUAUUAUUCAGUAUAAGUAUUUAUUUUGUGAUUAUAUUUAUUUCACGUUUGAAUCAAGGCAUGAAUCCUUUAACGAACGUAAAAAAUAUUUCGAAGCUCAGUGAAACUGAGUUAAGACUUGGUCUCAGUGGUAAAGCGUCAUGGCAUUCUAUGUACGAUCAUUCAGCUUGGAUAUUUGUUGGUGGCUUGAAUUUUGAACUUACAGAAGGAGAUAUUUUAUGUGUUUUCUCGCAAUACGGAGAAAUUGCUGAAAUAAAUCUUGUAAAAGAUAAAGAUACGGGAAAAUCUAAAGGAUUUUGUUUUAUAUGCUACGAAGAUCAAAGGAGUACAACACUAGCUGUGGAUAAUCUCAACGGAAUCAAAUUGGUCGGAAGAAUUAUAAGAGUUGACCAUUGUGGUAAUUAUGAAACACCCGAGGAAAGAGAAAAAAAGAGGCAAAAGGAAAGAAAGGAUCGUGGUGGUCGGUAUAAAGCUGAUGACAGUGAUGAUGAUGUUAUAGUGGAUAAAGAAUCGAGGAUAAAAAAGGAAACAGAUAGUGAGAAUCACUCUAAAAGACAUAGAGAUAAAUUUGAAUCAUCUAGAUCUCACAAUCGAUAUCAUUCUGAUCAUCACGAAAUUGAUUCAAGAAAAGUGAAAAAGGAGCCCGAAGAUAACAAUUUAUUAUAUAAAAAUUCAAAGGAUGAAACAAAUCGAGAGCGACCUCACAAUGACAAUUAUCGGCGAGACUAUGACCGAAGAUCACAUGAUGACAAAAAUCAUUACAGAAGCCAGGAUUCUAAUCGAAAAGAAGUUUACAACCAGUCAAGAAAUUAUGAAUCUCAUAGAAACAAUGAUCGAUAUGAUGAUGAUCGUAAAGAUUUUAGUAGUAGAAGUAAAGAUGAGCCUCGAUCUAGAUUUAAAAAUGAAAGAUAUGCAAAAGAAGAUAAUCAUAGACAUCGAGAAGAUCGUCCUCAAUAUGAUAGGGAGAAGCACAGGGAAGAACGCAGAAGGUAUGAUGAUCAUGAUAAAUAUCGGAAUGAUGAUUAUUAUGAAAAGAAAAAAAGUAGAUAUGACUCCAGAAGAGAUGAUAGAAGCUAUUAAAUAUGUUUUAUAUCGGAAAUUUGGUUUCUAUAAAUUGAGAUGAGCUCUAAUGAUGAGUUAAAAUUUUCUAGCCAAGCUCUGUAUAAAAGAAGACAAGUUAAAUAUUAAUUGUCUGUAUACUUCUGAAUACAACUUUGACUGUUUUAUUGUAAAAAUUCACUAUUUCAACAUUUAUUGUGAUCCCAUCUCAUUGUAAUGAUAAUAAAAAUAAAAUUUCAUCUUA